CCUCUCUUACUCCGCCAUCCUACCUGUACAUGGCGUCCCCUUCCAGUGCACUUUCCUUCUAGGAUUUUUAGCAGAACGACUUUGAGCUUUACAGUGAAUCUCAAUCUCCCAUCGUCUCUGGUUCUCCGCUUUUGUUGAUUGAUCUCAACAAUCGUAUCUCACUUCACCACAAACAUCUCCCAUUGUGUUCUAACUCGUUUUUGAGUUGCUGUUCAAAAUUAAUUUGAUUAGUGAUCAAGGUUAGACAAUUCAAUGGCAUUGGGUGAUUUGACAACUUCUCAGUCAUUAGCUGUUGUGGAGGACGCUGCGGAUCAUGAAGAUGAUGGUAGGAUUAACAAUAGUACCUAUGGUGCUGUUGUUGUGGCUGACAAUGUGACGAUGAUGAAGACAAAAGAGACAAGUAUGGCUUAUGUGCCGCAAUUUAUAUUGUUUCGUGAGCUCCGGCAUGAUGAGUUUGAGGCGUAUGUUCCUUCUGGACCGGCUAAUACUGGUUUGGUCUCUAAGUGGCGGGUUAAGGACCGGAUGAAGACGGGAUGUGUUGCCCUUGUUUUGUGUUUGAAUAUCAGCGUUGAUCCACCUGAUGCAAUAAGGAUAUCUCCUUGUGCUCGAAUGCAGUGUUGGAUUGAUCCGCUUUCUAUGCCACCUCAAAGAGCCCUUGAAACAAUUGGGAGAACAUUGCACCAACAAUAUGAGAGGUGGCAACCUAAGGCACGCUGCAAGAUCUCCUUGGAUCCUACUGUCGAUGAAAUUAAGAAACUUUGCACAACUUGUCGAAAGUAUGCCAAGUCCGAACGAGUUCUUUUCCAUUACAAUGGACAUGGUGUACCAAAACCAUCACCCAAGGAUGAAAUUUGGCUAUUUAAUAAGAGUUAUACGCAGUAUAUCCCAUUGCCUAUCAGUGACCUGGACUCUUGGUUAAAGACACCCUCAAUCUAUGUGUUUGACUGCUCAGCCGCUGGGAUGAUCGUUAAUGCCUUUAUGCAGCUCCAAGACUUAACUGCCUCUACCUCCGGACCUUCUACAAGAGAUUGUAUUCUGCUUGCUGCCUGUGAAGCACAUGAGACACUUCCUCAGAGUGCUGAAUUUCCUGCUGAUGUUUUCACUUCCUGCCUCACUACGCCAAUCAAAAUGGCAUUGAGAUGGUUUUGCACGCGAUCGUUAUUUUGUGAGUCAUUUGAUUAUGCUCUGAUAGAUAGAAUUCCGGGCCGCCAAACAGAUCGGAAGACACCUCUUGGUGAAUUGAAUUGGAUUUUCACUGCAGUAACUGAUACAAUUGCCUGGAAUGUUCUACCACGUGAUCUAUUUCAGAGAUUGUUCAGGCAAGACCUAUUAGUUGCUAGUUUGUUCAGAAAUUUUUUACUUGCUGAAAGAAUCAUGCGAUCUGCAAAUUGUUCACCAAUUUCAUACCCAAUGCUACCACCUACUCAUCAGCACUACUUGUGGGAUGCUUGGGACAUGGCAGCAGAAAUCUGCCUUUUGCAGCUUCCAACUUUGCUUGAUGAUCCGAGUGUGGAAUUUCAGCCUAGCUCAUUCUUCACUGACCAGUUGACAGCUUUUGAGCUUUGGCUUGACCAUGGAUCAGAGAAUAAAAAACCACCGGUGCAGUUGCCCAUUGUGCUGCAGGUGUUACUUAGUCAAUCCCACCGGUUUCGAGCACUGGUUCUUCUCGGAAGAUUUCUUGAUAUGGGACUUUGGGCUGUAGAUCUGGCCUUGUCUGUUGGAAUAUUUCCUUAUGUUCUAAAGCUUUUGCAAUCCACCACUCCGGAGCUUAGGCAAAUUCUUGUCUUCAUUUGGACGAAGAUCCUUGCCCUUGAUAAGUCUUGCCAGGUUGACCUUGUAAAGGAUGGUGGACAUGCAUAUUUCAUUAGAUUUCUUGACAGCAUUGAGGCUUAUCCAGAGCAAAGGGCAAUGGCUGCAUUUGUCUUGGCAGUAAUUACUGAUGGUCACAGACGGGGUCAGGAGGCGUGUAUUGAAAUGGGGCUUAUUAAUGUCUGCUUGAAGCAUCUUCAGGGAUCAUCUUAUAAUGAUAUCCAAACUGAACCACUGUUUCUUCAAUGGCUGUGCCUUUGUCUGGGAAAACUCUGGGAGGAUUUCACAGAGGCACAAGUACUAGGUAUGCAGGCAGAUGCACCAGCAAUAUUUGUGCCUCUACUUUCUCAAGCACAGCCUGAGGUACGAGCUGCAUCUAUAUUUGCACUAGGUACUUUACUUGAUGUUGGGUUUGAUACAUCCAAGGAUGAGGUUGGAGAGGAUGAAGACUACGAUGAUGAGGAAAAAGUUAGGGAAGAAGUCAUAAUGAAGAGCCUUUUAAGUGUUGCUUCUGAUGCAAGCCCUUUGGUACGAGCUGAGGUUGCUGUUGCCUUGGCACGUUUUGCCUUUGGGCAUAAGGGGCACCUGAAGUCGGUUGCAGCUGCAUAUUUGAAGAGUCAGUCUAAUUCCAUGCCCAGUUCCUUGCCUUCUUCUGCGGUCAAGAGUUCAGGUAGUGGCUAUACGACUCCAACUUGUUAUGUUCCACAUGGAAGUGUAGUUCCAUCUCCUAAUGCUCCUUUAUUGAGAGUGGGAGGUGACAGUCAGUCUAUCUCCCACGAUGGUGGAGUCUCGACUAGCAGCCCUGUUGCAACACCUGGCUUCAUGCAUGGCUCUCCUUUGUCUGAUAGUUCUUCUCAUUAUUCUGAUUCUGGAAGACUGGGUGAUGCUGUUAGCAAUGGUGUUGUUAAUCAUACAAGACCCAGGCCACUUGACAAUUCACUCUAUACUAAGUGUGUGCAGGCGAUGUGUGCCCUGGCAAAGGAUCCAUCACCUCGCAUUGCAGGUCUUGGCUGUAGAGUGCUUUCGAUUAUUGGGAUUGACCAAGUGUUUGCCAAGUCAGUCAAGUCAACUAUUGAAUCCACAGUAUCUCCUGGUCCUAGUUCUGCUGGAUUGAAUCGAUCAUCUUCUUGGUUUGACAUGAGUGGAGGUGGGCGUUUACCUGUGUCUUUUAGGACUCCUCCUGUUAGUCUCCCCCGGUCCAGUUUCCUAACGGGAAUGCGAAGAGUUUAUUCUUUAGACUUCAGGCAUCACCUAAGGAACUCUCAAGACUCAGGGUUAACUGAUCCCCUCUUGGAUUCUGGUGGAUCUUCUAGAGCUUCAGAACACAGUUUUCUUCCACAGUCAACCAUUUACAAUUGGAGUUGUGGUCACUUCUCAAAGCCACUUCUUACUGUAGCUGAUGAUAAUGAAGAGAUCAUUGCUAGGAGAGAAGAGAAGGAGAAGUUAGCUCUUGACCUCAUCACCAAAUGCCAGCACUGUUUGGUGAACAGACUGCAUAAUCAAAUUGCCAGUUGGGAUACAAAGUUUGAGAGUGGUACCAGAACUGCUUUGCUGCAGCCCUUCUCAACAGUUGUGAUUGCUUCAGAUGAGAGUGAACGGAUCAGGGUUUGGAAUUACAAGGAGGCUACCCUUCUUAACAGCUUCGACAAUCAUGGUUACCCUGAUAAAGGAAUUUCAAAGAUUUGCCUCGUGAAUGAGCUUGAUGAGAGCUUGCUCCUUGUUGCUUCAAGCGAUGGCAACAUACGGAUUUGGAAAGAAUAUACUGCAAGAGGUCAACAGAAACUAGUUUCUGCAUUCUCUUCAAUUCAAGGUCUCAGACCUGGUUCGCGCAGUGUGAAUGCUGUUGUGGAUUGGCAGCAGCAUUCUGGAUGCAUGUUUGUAUCAGGUGAGAUUUCUUUUAUCAUGGCUUGGGAUCUUGACAAAGAGCAGCUUGUAAAUACUACUCCGACAUACUCGGAUUGCAGCAUCUCAGCAUUAACUUGUCUCCACAGUUUUCCAAUUGCCACUUGGAAAGAUUACGUGGGGAGAUAUUUCUCAUCCAGACUGACGACAAACUAUAAUUGAGAAGAUGUCUACAUUACACUCUAUUGGUACUUGAGAGCUUGUUCAUCUACCUCCGAAAAUCUGGAUAAGUUUGGUGUUGGUAGUCUUUGGUAUAUACAAUAAAGGUUAGUCCUUGUAGAUAGUAUCGGGUAAAGGCACAAAAAGUUUCCAAGGGUUUUACAUAGAUUUUCAGACUCGACUAUGGUGGUUACUUUUCUUCUAUGCUAAGAUUUCUUCAGUCCAUCUCUUUUUCAUUGUGGUUGUUCGUCAUUGGAUUUACGAGUUGGAUAUUAGAGAUGUCUUUCUUUAUUGGGAUAUCCCAAAUAACGUAUAAAUGGAGCAACCAUCGGGUUUUGUUGCUUCCCCCUAGUAACAUGUGUGCAAGCUAAGACGAUCAUUUUAUGACUGAAGCAGUAUCCUCGAGCAUGGUUUGGAAAAUUCAAUGCGAUUAUUCACGAAUGUGGCAUGAUGCACAAUGAAGUUGAUCGUUUGAGUUUUAUAGUUGUUCCACUCCAAGUGUAUGCAUGUAUUUGGUGGCUUAUGUUAAUGAUAUAGUCAUCAUGGGUAAUGAUGAAGAGAGAAUUAUUAAAUUGAAGCAUCACCUUUUUAGCACUUUCGGACUAGGCAAUGAAGUUGCUUUAUUCUAAUCAGGAAUUUCCAUUUCACAGAGAGUAUAAUCUUGAUAUUCUUGAGAAGACAGAGAUGACAGACUAGCUCUAUUGAUAUACGAUGAAUCCAAAUGUUAAGCUUCUACCAGGUCAGGUGCCACUUAGUGAUACUUGAUAAUAUAGGAGAUUGUUAGGCAGGUUGAAUUGUCUCACUAUGGUUCAAUCUGACAUUGCAUUCCUGUUGGUGUUGUAAGGCAACUUUUGAAUUCUUACUGUGACAGUCAUUGGAAUGUAAUUAUUCAUAGCCUUCAAUACAUCAAAUUUGCUCUUGAGUGUUCGAUAUGCACAUGUGGAUUGUGCAAGGUCAUCCCAUGACAAACAAUCUACCUUGGGAUAUUGUGUACUAGGUGGGGGAAAUUUGGUCUUGGAAAAGUAAGAAACAAAAUUUAAUUGCAAGAUUGAGUGCAAAAAUAGAAUAUCAGGCUAUGGCAGUGAUUACGUGUGAAUUCAUGUGUCGAGCAAAUAUGGAGAAUAUUAAAAUUAGGAUCUUUUCCAACAACCUAUCUGAGAUUAGCUUUGGGAGCAAAGCACAUACAACAACAUACCCAAUAUAGUCCCAUACGUGGGGUCUACGCAGACCUUACCCUUACAUUUGUGGGGUAGAGAGAUUGUUUUCGAUAGACUCUCGGUUCAAGAAAAUUAUUUUUCAGAAUAAGCUUGAAAGAAAUGCAAGAGUCAAAAGUUAUGAUGAAUAUAUGGCAGGAGUUAUGGAAAGAAGUGAAAAGAAAUUGACAAGAUGUAAAAGCUAGUAUCUUUCUCAAUUUUUUUUAUAUAAUAGUAAAAGCCAAUAUUGUUCUCUUGAUGGAAAAGUGAUCCUGGAGAACAGUGUACUGGAUUCGAUCCCAGUUUAAAUAAUAUAUUUAUUCCCUUUACCUGGUAAAGUGGAAAAGAGACUUGAAGGAAACGGAAGGCUCUCACAUCAAACUAGAGUGAGUUGUCUUGGCAUCAAAAAUAUUAGAUUGCACAACAAAAGUUUAUUAUGGAAGUGGCUAUGAAGAUAUAGUUGCGAAAGAAAAAGCUUUGUUGAGGCAAGUGAUUAACCUUAAAUAUGGACAAGAGAAUCAGUGGUGUACCAAAAUAGUGAAAUCACCUUUUGGAGUGAAUUUUGAGAACUAUCGGGUCACAGGUCCUAACUUCUUUGACAACAUUGGUUUCAUCAUUGGCAAUGGCAGAAUAGUGUCAUUUUGGAGUGAUAUUGGACUUGGGCAUGGUCCUCUAAUAGAUCUGUUUCCUGACUUAAUAUAAUUUGGUGUCUACUCCUGAAGCUAAUACUGAACAAAAGGGGACAACAAGGAUGGAAUUUUAAUUUCUGAAGACUACUAAAUGAAUGUAAAAUAGAUAGAGUUACUGAGUUUUUUGAAGAGCUGCGACUGAUUCAAGGUACAACAUCUACAUAAGAUUCAUUAAUAUGGAAAGGAAAUAGUAGCAAGAUUUUCAUUUAUUCUUUACUCUCAGGUAAUGGGCAUCAGGGGAAUAAUGGGUCUUAAAAUCAAAUUUGGAAAGUAAGAUUCCUUUUUAAGUGACUUAUUUUGUAUGAUUGGUGGCAAGGCAGGUUUGCCCAACUCAAGAAAACUUGAAGAUAAGAGGAAUCCAGAUGAGUUCCAGAUGUUACUUAUGCUAUACAGAUUUAGAGAACGGUCACCUGUUCUUGCACUGUUACUGUUCAGCUGUGGCAACUAUUUCUUAGUAUGACUGGAUUCAGAUGGAUUAUACAUAAGUCCAUAAGUGAUCCUUUCAAGUACUGGAAUAAUGAGGGAGGCAGUGUUUGACAAGAAAUGGUGGAACAUGAUCCCAAUUUGCGUGUGGUGGAUUUCUUGGAAGGAAAGUAAUGCAAGGUGUUUUGAAGAUCUUUAUCAAAAAAGGUGUUUUGAAGAUGGAUGCAACUCAAUUCAGAGGUUAAAGGUUGAACUAAAUAUAGUUAUUUCACUUUCUGUUGUUAAGAAAUCUAUGUAAAUGGCUGAAUCAUUCUCAUAGGCUGCUUGUAAGAUGAGCAAGAGCAGUUUUUUGUCUUUUUGUAUCUGUAAAUAUAGCUACCAGUACAGCCUUCUCUGCUGCCAAUUUAUAUAAAAUUGAAGAUGUUUUGAAGACAAGUAUAGCUCAAUCUGG